AUGGGUAAAUCACUGAGUGAUGAAGAAAACCUGAAGCUGUUUGGCAAAUGCAACAAUCCAAACGGCCAUGGGCACAACUAUAAAGUUAUAGUCACUGUGCGUGGAGAGAUUGACCCGGUCUCAGGAAUGGUUAUAAACCUGACAGACCUGAAACAAUAUAUGCAGGAGGCGAUCAUGGAACCGCUUGACCACAAAAACCUGGAUAAGGAUGUGCCGUACUUUGCUGAAGUUGUGAGCACCACAGAGAACGUUGCAGUAUUCAUCUGGGAAAACCUCAAGAAGCUCCUGCCCAUGGGAACUCUUUAUAAAGUCAAAGUGUAUGAAACGGACCAGAACAUUGUCGUUUAUAAAGGAGAAGAAACAAUCUCUGAGAAGUAAAAUGAGCUUAAGCUCAAUUGGUCAGAAACUCUGCUGCAUGAUCAGAUCAGUGGAUUGCUUCAACCCUGCCCACAGUAUUUCUUGCACCUAGACGUUGGUUACGUAUUACAUAAGGGCAAAUACAGAUGUUUCACAAGAAUUCUUGCAGCAAUCUAGCAAUUUGGGUUCUCAGAAUUUGUUGAUUUUGUCUGCUUUUUCUCAAGACAUUCCUGUUUUGCAAACCCAAACUACCAAGCUGAUGUGAAAUUUAUAAUUGUGCCAUGAUAAGUAAAGCAGCCUUCUAGAGAGGAGAUGGCCUGGCAAAGUGUAUGUCCUGUCCAGUCACAAAAGGCUUUGAUUUUUCUUUAAUUAAACAUUGGA